GAAUCAGCACACGCUCAUCUCCUCGUCUUGAGCGAAGCCGACACAUUUACCCUACUGUCGCCAAAGAGACCCUGCAACAGACCUAGUCCCACUACCUCGUCAACACACACGUGCGAUGUUGUUCGUGAAGUCAUCAAUAAGCCCUUCUUUUCCUGAAGCCUCUUGCCCUCACUUUUUCCGCUCGCACCUGGUGCCCCAUUUUCACCCCAAAAAAACUCGUCCCACUGUCCCCCACCCCACCGCCUCAACCCAACUCGAAAUUCCCAUUCAAUCACCCGACCACCCUUUUACAAUCACGCCCAAUUAAAAUGGAGUUUUGAGCUCACACGAUACCUCGCAGCGCGUUGCGGCCCUUAAGUCAGCGAAGUCCAGCAUAUACGAUGAUGGCAUCUUUCCUAGCGCGACGAUGGCACACGGGGGAGGCAUCCAGAUUCACUGUGCUGGGAACAGCCUGAUAGCUAAAGCCUG